CGCCCGCCUGAAAGAGGCCAGACAUUUCGCGCUCUGUGCCCUAUCCCGCUCUCUCCCGCAACACCACACACGCCGAGACACGCAAUUACGCAAACGGACACCACGAGGAUGGCAUCCGUGCUCGCGUUCUCGCGGUGGCCGCCGCUGCUCCCCCUCCUCCUGCUCCUCCUGGCGACGGCGUCACGGGCGCUCAAGAUCGGCGACCUGCUCGGGACGCCACCGGCGGGGAGCCAAGGCUGUAGCCGGACAUGCGAAUCCUCGUUCUGCGUAGUUCCGCCGCUGCUGAGGUACGGGAAGUACUGCGGGAUCCUGUACAGCGGCUGCCCCCGCGAGAAGCCCUGCGACGCCCUGGACGCCUGCUGCAUGGUCCACGACCACUGCGUCGACACCCACAACAAUGACUACCUGAACACGCGUUGCAACGAGAACCUGCUGAGCUGCCUGGACAGGGUGAGCCCGGCGGGGCCGACGUUCCCGGGGAACGAGUGCGACGUCGGCCAGACGGCGUCCGUCAUACGCGGGGUCAUCGAGACGGCCGUGCUCGCCGGGAAGAUCCUGCACAAGCGCGACGACGGCCAGUAGCCGGCGCCGUCCCGGCCGUCAGGACUCGCGGAACAGGCCAUAGUUGCAAGCGGAGCAAUAAAGCCGCAUGCGCGCCCGGCGGCGCCCGUCCGUGGCGGCGCGGCAAAGCGGCAUGCGCUGGAUGAUUUUAAGGUCGCGGGCCGCUGGACCACCGUGGGGUGCGUGAAGCCUGUGCAGUGUAUGUGUCUGUGUAUACAGAUUGGUAGGGUUGCUUUGGUGGGACUCCAAGCGAAGUGGCAGAGGUUUUUAAGCUGUAAUAAUGCUAUUAUUUGUUCCUUCCUACUAGUGGACAGAAUCACAGAAUAGACCAAGAUUUGGUUACUGACAAUC